CAUAUUUGAAUCGCCCCAUACGGGAAAGAAAUUCAAAUCAGUGCUUACAACUUGCUCGAAUCACUAUAAAGUUUAUUAACAUAAAAAUAGUUUCUAGGUUUUUCAGUUUGGUCGAAGAAAUAACACUGAUAUACCGGAAGAUCUACUACUCCAGAACCAAUAAAAGUGUCAUUUCGGUAUAAUGUCCGUUUCAACUGGAAGCAACCAUUGCAGCGUCAACUCAAAGAAUAAGGUCGUAGAACUGAGUGCCACUUGGACAAUCGAAAAUGCGCAUUUUCAACUGAAUCCAUUUCCUGAUUUACUGGAAUCGCCUCCAAUGUACUUGAACGAUAGAACCCAAACAUGGUAUAUAUGUAUAAGUAGGGAAAGAUACGGAAUAAAGGUAUCUAUGAAGGUAGUUUGUGCGGAUGAUGUUCGUGGGGAAUAUGAGAUUUGGAUUAUUAAUGAGGAUGGCGAAAAGAUCACGCUCACGGAGCGUCAGAUAUUGAAUUGUUCGUAUAAAACGAUCUCGAUGACUGCGUCGGAUUUUCAAUCUAAGUGGAUAAUAGAUGAUAGGAUAGUCCUAUAUGGCGAGAUGAAGGUAAUUACGUUGCCUAAGAAUGGGGAGACUAGUAAUACGUCAAAAGCCCAGCUCAUUCCACCGGACGUCUACCUGAACAAGCUUUCUUUGCUGGAGGAUCAAAAAUUUACGGAUGUCAUUUUGGUAUGUGGGAAAGACAAGUUUAAGGUGCACAAAGCCAUUCUGGUCGCUCACAGUUCCGUAUUCAGGGCCAUGUUCAAUUCCGACAUGAAGGAAAGCUCGACUAACCGUGUAGAAAUCGACGAUUUGGAUUACGAAGUGGUCGAACAAAUGCUCCACUUCAUUUACACGGACAAAGCUCCUAAGGUGCAUCUGAUGGCGGAUCGGCUGCUGGGAGCAGCCGAUAAAUACGACCUGGUCGGGCUCAAGAUCGUCUGCGAACAGGCUCUAUGUGAACAACUGUCGGUAGAAAAUGCAUUGCAGAUGCUGGCGUUUGCGAAUCGGCAUAAUACCAAACUGCUGGCUUCACAAGCCAAAACAUUCUUGGCAAAAAAUAUUGAAGAGGCUAUGCUCACAAAGGACUGGCUCGAUCUGGUUGCAAAACUUUCGGUACAAAACGAGGAAAAUUAGCGGUAUUUUUCUGAUUUUUCUUAUUUACAAUAUGUUCCACAAGAAUAAUAAAUCCAACCUUUGAAUAACCAA